AUGAUGGGAGCGAAGUUAGUGACUGAUUGUUAUGGCUUGGAUGGUAACAGCCAAGAAUCACAAGAAGAAAGAACAACUAACAGCAUGGAAUGGCGACUAGGUGACAAGCUUACAGUCCUCAUAAAUGAUAUCUCGAUUGCAAUGAGGAGGCUGGAAUACGUCCUUUACAGGGGCACUGUUUAUAAAAAGUGUGAAGGUGCCACUUACACCUACUCCUACAAGUGCGAUGUGAAGGCGCUUGUGAACAGUCUACCUGCAAAUGAGUCAUUUAAGGCAAGACUGCUGAGGGACAUGAAAAAAGUUAUCGAUAUCCUGGCUGACCCUGAUUGUGAAGUAAUUCGUCCCAUUGUUGUCGACUACAACCUCAUAGAGGUGAACGAAGGGAAAUGUUGGUCUGUCUCAGAAAGACGGUUCUUGAACAACGCAAUUCCAGCAGAGAAAAUGGGCCUUGUGACUCCCAGGGCUUUCUCGCGUUAUGAUCCUUUCAAAGUCCCACAGCCUAAAUACUUCCAAGACGUUUUGGAAAACAGCCUGACAGAAAACGAGAUUGAUUUGUUUUGCGAAGAUUUCUUGAGACUUCUGAAUUUCAACCAAAAGAAGCACAAAGAGAGAGUGCCAUGCCUUGUCGGUGAGCCCGAUAGCAGAAAGACAAGCCUUUUUUACCCAAUACUGGGGCUGAUUCACCACAGCAACGUAGCAACUGUAACGAAGCAAAAAAUGUUCAACAAGGAAAUGAUUGGCAAGAACACCGAGGUGAUAUUCAUUGACGAGGCCACUCCGUCGACUCUCGAUGUGGAGGACUGGAAGAUACUCACUCAAGGGGGAUACACAGCCUGCGAUGUCAAGUACAAAACGGCCAAGUCAUUUUUCAAUCGAUGUCCCAUGUUCAUGACUGCACACCAAAAACUUCAAUUCAAGGAGGAAGAUCAGCAGGCUAUGGACCGAACCUAAGGUAUUACUUCUUUAAAAGCCUGUCAAGUCCGACAAAGAAGGCCGCCCAGUGGCUGCGCAAGCAUCCUAUGGAAUGUGUUGUGUGGGCUACAUCGAAAGCGCGGGUAGAUACAGAUGAAGAAGAAAGUUCUGAUGACGACGACGAAGACGCGGAGAGAAACACACCAAACGACGAAUGUGCACUGCUGGAGACUGAGAAAGAGGUUUUAAGAAAUGUGCAGUUGACCGACGUCUUAGCUGAUUUACGCGCAAGUCCCCGAGAUGAAGAGGACACUGCAGGAGACGAUAACGGGGACCAAAUCGUGGAUGCCGAUGAUGACGAUGAAACCACACACACGUUAAAGAACUCGCUCGCACAAACUUUACCGGGGUCUUUGGAUAACCGUCACCUCAGCCUCUUACUGGAAAAGCGUUUACAGCAAAACGAAGAGAGGAUGCGGCGGGAGAUACAACGGCACGAGAGACAUCAACAGUGUCUCAGAUCGAAGGGCGUGUCCGAAGAAAAUGUACGUUUGCUACCCCACGAUCCAAACGAGCCCCUUCCCACACCAAUAAAUGAUCUGGCCAUUCACGAACAGAUGAAAGCCGGGGCGGAUCGAAAAGGGAAGAAGAAGAGGGCGAGGGAAGCAUUCCAGUCACCAUGGUUGAGGAACACAGAGAGGGAGUUAAACGAAUGCAUGGUUACCCUGGAAUCAAGUAUUACACCUGACAUGAGAGACUCAAUGGAUGCCCUGCGUGAAACCCUAGAAGAAAAGCUCAAGGACCACCACAACAACUUAGGAACUCUUGGAUGCCAGGAAGCCCUUGCAGAGAGGAAAAAGGUAUGCGUGGAGCUCGGACUGUUGAGAAAAGAAGACCAACACAUGGUGAAAACCCUCUGCGAAGCACUGCGAGUCCUGAGCUCGAGCCAGAGAGAAGAAAUGGAAGAGGUAUUAGAGCAAGAAAAACCCAGAACGCCGAAUUACGUGCCCAAAGACAACCUGGAACAAUAUGGCACGCAGUCGCCGUGCACGUUCAGCUACGUUACUGGAUCUGAUGAUGACAGCGACAAUGACGAAGCGACAUUUUUCAUGACUCCUGUCCCUAGCAGAGCAAUGUCAGUCCGAACCAUGACCACUGAAGCCAGUAAGCGCAAGCGUUCCUCCUUAAGCCAGCGAGUUACGAAAAAAUGUUGCCAAAGCAACAAAAUAAACAUGUAUUUCUCAAGUCAACAGUAA